GUUAGCGCGUACCGCGCCCAAACACGUCUCAAAUAAAACCAAUAUCAAUAGCGACAAUAAAACCUCAGGCCAACGUGUAAACAACGACAAUAAUUAGUUAUGUAAGCGACAAAAAAAACCAGUGGUAAAAUCAAACGAAGCGAAAGUUCAACAAAUAUGACGUAAAAACGACUCACGGAAAUUAUGUGAAAGUAUUCGUGUUAGUCAACUUGCAAGCCGCGACUAGAGCGCGCGUACGCCGACGACUAAAAAAAAAACAUAAGUUGCAUAUUAUAAUCUAUGCCGAAAGUGAUUUGCGCGGGAAGUUUGACAGCUGUCAGGUGGUGAGGUUUCCGAAAAGUAAAACACCGACAGUGUAGUAGUGCAGUCGGUAUAUUGUGUUAUAGAAGGAUAAAACCGCCCUCGGGGUUCGGCCAAUGGCGCCCAAGUUGCCGCCCCUGCGCGGCCUCGCGCCUCUCUGCGUGAUCCUGCUCCUGGCUGUCGGUGUAGUGACUAGCCGAAGACCAGAACCGUACUACGGAAGGCUUAUAGGUCAUCUAACGCAAUACGCGCACGGGAUUCGAGGCACCGUGUACGCAGUAGACGAGAGCACAGUCUUCAUCAAGGGGUUCGCAUAUGAUGGGACGGGCCCUGACGCAUAUUUCUGGGUGGGAGAUUCACCGCAGCCGUCUCCUGAAGGAACUCUAGUGCCAUACCCAGAAGAUUACUCGUCAAGGGAUCCUCCGAUAUUAAGCGCUCAUAGCAACACCGAUAUUCUGUUAAAGCUGCCAGCGGGAAAACGGUUAAGGGACAUCAAAUGGAUCAGUGUGUGGUGUAGACGGUUUACUGUAAACUUUGGAGAUGUAUUCAUCCCAGCCGGCUUAGAUCCUCCGAGGCCAAGGGUGCUUCCGGAAUUCAAGCGUCUCGCCCAUGGUCUGCGGUCCGGCAACAUCAGCGUCUUGGACGCUAAGACAUUCUACAUACCGAACUUGCACUACGACGGAGCCGGACCUGACGCCUACUUCUGGGUCGGGAACGGAUCUGAACCUAACCCUUUUGGUACCAAGGUGCCAAACGAGAUGGGUUCAUUGAAUCCCCUCCGCGGCUACCAAGGUGAGGACAUAGAGAUACAGCUGCCGGCGAAGCUGACGGCCUACGACGUGGACUGGCUCGCCGUGUGGUGCGUCGAGUACAGACACAACUUCGGGCACGUUUACAUCCCUAAGGACUUGGACGUGCCGCCGGCUCUGGGCCAAACUAAGAUCACGCCUGCCUGGUGGUAUAAUCCUACGAGUUCGACAACUUCGAAAACGCCGCACAGCGCCACCAACAACUGCAAGGAGAUACUCGACAAAAGGCUGCAAGUGCGCUGGGAAAUACAAGGAGACCAAGUCCAGAUUACGUUAUCGGCGCGUCUGCGUAAAGAGCAGUAUAUGGCGUUUGGCAUUUCUGGGGCUGAAGGUAGACCUGCCAUGCUGGGGGCGGAUGUGGUUGUUGCUUAUUGGGACAGCAGAGCGAACCAGCCCCGUGUGGCGGACUACACAAUAACACAUCUCGCUCAGUGCGACGGGGAGCGUGGGGUCUGUCCCGAUCAGCGGCUGGGGGGAAGCAACGACGCAGUGCUAGUGACCGGGCGGCAACGAGAUGGUGUAACGACAAUAACGUACCGGCGCCCGCUGGCCGCCGCCGAGCCCUCCCGCGACAGGGAGGUGCUCUCGUCUCGGUCGCAGUCCAUCAUCGCAGCCUUCGGGCCGCUCAACUCGCGCUCCGAGGCCAACGCGCACUCCUUCAUGGACACCACCCGACACGACGUCCAGCUGGACUUCGGCGCGCAGAGCGACAACGCGUGCAUCGGGCUGGCGGAGCUGGACGAGCUGGGCCCGGGCGCGUGGCCGGCGCGCGUGCUGUCCGGCGUCACCAACUUCACGGCGCGCAUCGGGCCCGCGGGCGGCCGCCGCGGCUACACGCCCAUCACUGACAAUGAUAUAACCAAUGGAUUCCAACCUUACGGACAUCCGUCAUGGGGCAUAGCGUGGUACAUCAAUGACCAGCUCAUACCGGAGAUAUAUGUGGAGCGCGGCAAGACUUACACCUUCUAUGUCGAAGGAGGAGACGAUAGAACAAAUCCAGCGAGGUACCAUCCGUUCUACAUUAGCGAUUCAUCGGAAGGUGGCUUCGGACAGAAGAAGGAGGAGGAGCAGAGGAAACAGCGGGUGUUCGCGGGAGUAGCCUACGAUAAUGAAGGAUAUCCUUUCCCGACGGCCGUGGGCCGGUACUGCGAGUGGACGCACAAGUCGGUCGACCAGGCCAACGCGUCGCCCACCUUCGAGCAGUACGUGCGCACCCUGCAGCUGGAGUGCGCGCCCGGCGACCCCGCCACGCUCGUCUGGACCGUCGCGCACGAGACGCCCGACCUGCUGUACUACCAGUGCUAUACCCACAACAACCUAGGAUGGAAAAUCCACGUGGUGGACCCAGGUACCGCUGUCCCAAAACCCGGUGACCAAAAAGCCAGAAUCAACGCAGCUCAUAGGAUUUGCCCAGUCGCAAGCACAACAUUCGUAUUAGUAAUUACGUUACUUAAUAUAGCCGUCAGAUAAAAACUGAAUGGUUUGUAAGAGUUGGUGGUGUUGUCAGCAUUGUGAAGCCUUUCAAUGUUCACUAUGUUCAAAAAUAUCAAAAUUUAUGAAAUAUUCAGUUCUAUUAAUUCAUAUUACUAGUAAUUUUGUAAAUUAAAAAAAAAAACAGCAUCA